AUUUCCAAAUAUUUAUAUUUAAUUUUAGAAGAUAAGAUAGGGGUCCGUCUGGUGCAAACUGUGUGAGGCAUUAGAUUGUGUUUGAUGUAGGUCACAUGGUUUUAGCACAUAAAUAUUACUUCUGUUUUAGUAGAAAGGGCACAUUUAAUCCCAAUGUUAUUUAUUGAUUUACUGAAUGAUUGAUUGAUUUAAAAUCUUAUUUUAAAAGAAAUUACCUAGUCAAGUACAUUAUGUAACUAAGCUACUAAGUAAAAUAUUUAAUAUUAGUAUUUAAAUAGGAUAUGUAAAAGGUAAAUUACAUUUAAUAAUUUAGCAGACACUUUUAUCCAAAGCAACUUACUGUACAAAUAAGGACAAUGAAAGCAAACAAAGCAAUGAAAGCAAACGUUUUUAGACUUGAAGAUGGCUCACUUGCUCGGUUUCAGUUGGGCAGGUCAUUUCACCAGGAGGGAACAGUUAAUGAAAAAGUCUGUGAAUGAGAUGUGUGCCUCUUUGAGACAGCACAGUAUAACCUUCUAGAGGCACAUAAGUCUGAAGUAAUGAAUUUAGGUAAAGGGGUGCAGAGCCAGUGGUGGUUUUGUAGGCAAACAUUAAUGCCUUGAAUUUUGUGUGAGCAGCUAUUGGUGACCAGUACAAACUGAUAAAAAGAGGUUAUUUUUGGAUCAUUAAAAACUAAUCUAAAUAAAUUAAAAGAAUGUGUAAUUUAACACAAUAAUGACACAACAAUUAAACUAUGUGACUUUUAGUAGCUCUUUCCCCUUCUUCAUUCUCUAACUUACACACACACACACACAUCCCAGUCAGUGAGAUUUGUGCUGGUGGCAGAAGGUACUCUUCCAAAUCCAACCGGGCUGCUUACUGAUUAGAAGGAAUUAUGAGAGAGGUCACAUCUGAGUCUGUGGCAGACACUAACACAUAUCAGUUUUCAUCAGCAAACAAUGCAUUCAGAUUGUUUCACAAAAAUUAAAGGCAUCUGAUGGAGAGAAAGAGAAAAAUCUCUUGGAACAGGGCGGGAUGCUAUUGAGUGAUAUAUCGGCAUGGAUGGGUAUACAUUUGCAAAACUGGAAAUAAUUUCAGUUUUACUGUGUUUGUAAAGGACCUCACAUGGCCUCACAGAACAGUUUGACGGAACCAAAAUGGUUUAGAUUUGCCCAAAAGCUCCUUUUAAUAAGUCCAUUUUUAUUUUUUUCAUUGAUAUCCAGUUUUUCUCACAAUUAAAAUGAAUAAGCUCCAUGAUUACCUUUUGGAGAUUGUUUUCAAGGUCUUUGCAUUGAUUGACACUCACUAAGUUAGCUAAAGAAGCUAAUUGCUAAGAAGUCCAUUCAUGUUAUCUUCCAUAGUAACCUUGUACACCUCAUUGACUUACAUCUAAAAGUAAUUUAGUUUAUUUUUGUACUAGUAACUCUCGAAGACUUCCACAAGAUCAAUUAAAUCAAAGGUUCUCUAAAACUGUGGUAAGAUGGCUGUGCUGCCAAUAAAAUUUACCAAAACCAAGAGAGACAAACUGGCCCAGGUUUUGUGGGUACUAAACUGGAUAUCUGUAGUAACAGGUAUCAUCCUCUUUAGCUUGGGCAUCUUUCUAAAAGUUGAAAUUAACAAGCGGCAGGAUCUAAUGGCUGAGAGUCAGCUCCAAUCCGUGCCAAACAUGUUAAUUGCCGUGGGACUUAUAGCCUGCAUGAUUAACUUUUUGGGAGGAAAGAUCUGCUAUGACUGUGUGGACACCAACAAAUUCCUACGCUGGAAGUUGGUGAUGCUCCCAUACAUCAUUUGCACGUUUUUCUUCACUCUGAGCGUGCUCGUGGGUGCCUUGAUGUGCUACAGCAUGCAGGGACAGCUGGAGGAAGCCCUAACACUGGGGCUACGGGACGCUAUGCGACACUAUAAGGACACAGACACACCAGGUCGCUGCUUCUUGAAGCGUACAGUGGACCAGUUGCAGAUCCAGUUCCAAUGCUGUGGGAACGAGGGCUACAGAGAUUGGUUCCAGAUCCAGUGGGUCAGCAACCGAUAUUUGGAUAUGUCUCAACGGGAAGUGGUAGACCGUCUGCGAAGCAACGUUCAGGGAAAAUACCUCAUGGACGGAGUUCCCUUCAGCUGCUGCAGUGUCAACUCUCCUCGGCCAUGCAUUCAGCACCAAAUCACCAAUAACUCCGCCCACUUUAAUUAUGACUUCCAGACAGAGGAGCUCAACCUGUGGACGAGAGGAUGUCGUCAGGCUCUGCGAGAUUAUUACACCAACAUCAUGCAUUCUGUCGGCCUCACGGUUCUGAUCAUCUGGCUCUUUGAGCUCUCUGUGUUAACGGGGGUCCGUUACCUCCAAACGUCUCUGGAAAACGUGCUGCGGCAGGGGGACCCUGAGUGUGAGUCAGACGGGUGGCUCCUGGAGAACAGCUUUGUGGAGACGGCUCGCUCUAACCUCAACAUCAUCAAACACCUGGGCAAGUUCAAUCAGAUCAACAUAUCAAGCAAUGGAGAUCCAAACAUUGACAAACCACCUACAGCACACUAUGGUCCAGACAAUGUGCCUCCAAAACCUCUUCCAAUGGCCAGUUAGGUCUUCAGAAUGCUCCUCUUGGCCAGAAACAUUACAAGCCACAGAGGACUGGACUCUGAUGCUGUAUGACUAAAAAUGAUGACUCAGUAAAAAUUGGCAUGGCAUUGUAAAGCAAGAACAGAGUGAUAUUACAACACACAACAUAACAUACUUGAGGUCGGUUGUAAAUUAACAUUUAAGAACUAAACCAAGUAGCCUACUGUUUUAACACAAAAGGCAAAGCAUCAUGGGGCCUUUUUUAUGUAUAAAAUGCCUCUCAUUAAGAAUACAACCGUUCAAUUAUUUUGUGUUUUAGAUUCGCAUGUGAAUCGUGUGAUUACUGGAGAGUAGGCCUGCUACCUAUCACUGGAAUUAUUUACAGCUUCACUGUUUACUGUAGGAUUUUCAGUAGUCAUUUUAGUCUAUAUUUGUGAAAUCGAACUAAAUGCGGUAGUACAUAUGAUAGCUCUCUCUCUCUAUCAAUAUUUCCAUGAAAUCAAACCGUCAGCUUACCCAUUACAAGCCAGCAAAAAAUCUUAUUUCAUGCCUUGGUCUCAUGCCUAAAGCCAGGUAUUGUAAUCACAGUUGAAAACAUGAUACCAACUGCCUCUAUAAACACAUUUUCCAAAAAAAAAUUUUUUUUUUUUAUACAAAGCAGACCCGUGUCUAAAAUAUAUCAUGAAUAUGUAAUGAAAAUAAAAGCAACAUGUAAAUUUGAUCAAUACAUUAAUAAAGGGUUUUACGUGUG